GGGGGGUUGUCGAUAGGCGAGGCAGAGUCAGAGGGUGGCAUACGAUACCAUAUGAUAAUGAUAUGUCUAAGCACACAUAAAAAUUCCAAUUGGUGGUGGAAAGAAGACAAGUAACAAAAAACAAGCGACUCGUUCCAGCUGUGUUCAUGAAAUAGGGGUAGAUUCUUGCAUUCGAAUUGGAAAAGUCGAGCAGAAUACAGCGAGACACUGGCGAGUGCAGAGCGCAGAGUGCGGAGUGCGAAGAGCGGCGACACCAUUCAAUGGGAGUUACGACAAGUUAGCCAUAGCUACAGACAGUAAGGUGGAACUCUUUAAAAAAAAAAAGGAAAUAAAAUGUAUGCCUAAAGUGCUGCAAAUUGUAGUAAUUCGUUAAUUAGCCUAGAAAGUGAUAAGAAGUGUUGCAAGUGUGGCAAAAGAACCGGAAGAGCAGACACUUAAGUGGAACAUCCCCAAUCCGAGGUACUAUAGCUAACCCCCAAAAACCAAAAGACACAGGCGAAUAGAGAGAGCUACCCCAUUGUUCUAUAUGAUUAUCGUGCUGUUGUUGCUAUUUCAAUCGCUGUGCCUUUACUGCCAACGUCUGGUGUUGCACAUCCACGACAGAUGCUUUCCGCGGAACGCACGUCUGCUCCAGGAGGUGGCCGAAACGGUCGGCGAUCGUAAGGCCCUACAGCAUUUGGAGCACUUGGAACAGGAGAAGAGCAAGAGGAGACAAAAGCGUCGAAUAUUGGAACCCAUACUCCCACUUGGUGCCGGUCUCAAUUUGGAAGCGUGUCGCUUUUGUGCCCAUAGUCCACAAGGCUAUUGUCGCCAUCACUUUCAUCUGCAGCUGCACACGAGACGGCUGACGGUUGGAAGCGGCAACGGUUACCAAGGCGGAGAACAGGAUUACAAGCAACAGCGCAGAAUAAGAAGGGAGCUGAAACGCAGUCUGGAACAGCAACAGCCGAGAAGAAACUAUCAAAGCUAUCAAUACUAUCAGAGUCCCAGUGUUAGCUCCUUGAGCAGUGGCUACGCAUCGCUCUCUCCCUCACAAGAGGAGACACAGCAACAGCUGCAGCAGGAGGCGAAGGAGGAGGAGGAGGGACCAGAGUUGAUAACAAGUGAUUUGUAGUGUUGGCUCUUAGAAAUCAAGUAGGCUUGUGUCUCUUCAUUCAAUAAAUUCCCUGUGAGUGCUCAAGCAA